CAAGGCCGCGGCCCGCGCUCCUCGGCGCUAUAAAGGGCGCCGGGCCGCACUCGGCACCGAGCACCGCACACCCGGACCGGCGCCAUGCACCGCGGGCUGCUGCUGCUGCUGUUGCUACUGCUCCCGGCCCCGCGACCCGCACGCGCGGGCGCGCCGGCGGCGCGGGAGCGGCUGUGCGGGCACCGCCUGGUGCGCGAGCUCGUGCGCGUGUGCGGGGCCCCGCGCUGGUCCCCCGAGGCGGGUGGCGUCGGUGAGUGCGGGGGAGGGGAGGAGCGGGCCGGGGCGGCGGGCUGUCCCCGGCCCCCGCUGACCCCCGCAUCCACAGGGCAGCCGCUUCCGGAGCCCCGCGCGCCCGGUGUCCCCGAGCCCGGCCGCCGCCGCCGCCGCGCCGCCGCCGGCCUCCCGCACCGCUGCUGCGUCCUCGGCUGCGCCCCGGAGGACCUCGCGGGGUUCUGCCCGCGCUGA